AUGCACCGGAUCUACGGUCCAAUUGUGCGUGUUAAUCCGUACGAGGUGCAUAUCAAAGACCCGGACUUCUGCAUAGAGGAGUUUUCUCCUGUCAAAAAGCUCGAUAAAUAUGGCUGGUGGUACAGGGUAUUUGGCGGACCUUGGUCUACCAUCAGUACAGAGGAUCACCACAUCCACAAAACGCGGCGCGGCACCUUUCAGAACUUCUUGGCUCCACGUAUGGUCAGAGGCUUUGUGCCUACCAUUGUUGAGAAGUUAAAAAGAGCGAGCGCCAUUAUGGAUCGACACGUGCGAACAGGAAACAUAUUGAACCUGUCAAAUAUCUAUCGGUGCAUGGCAGCGGAUGUUGUAUCGGCAUAUGUCCUACCAACAUCUCUGAAUCUUCUUGAAUCAGAUGAUUUAGGGGAGGAGUUUCAAUCCAGUUUAAGAUUCUUUUUUGAAACAGCCACCACCAUGCGAUAUCUUGGAUUCAUGGAACCUAUCAUUACGAUCAUCCCCUCCAUAAUAUUCAACGCGAUGCUUACUGAGCCAGCAAAAGCUUUAAUAAAGCUCGUAAGGAAAUUAGAAAGCUGCGUCGAUGACGUUAUCCAAAAGGGACCAGAUAUGGACAAAUCGCGGAUAUGUCUUCUUGAACGAAUAAACAACAACAAGCACGAGCAAGAUGAGAUGUUUCGUGAUAGGCUACUUCAAGAAGCAGAGCAAUUUAUUGUGGCUGGUAGCGAAACAACUGGUCAUACGUUAGCGGUGACAACUUUCUACAUUCUUCAAGAUUUGAAUGUUCAAGUAAAGCUACGACAAGAGCUCAUAAACGCAGACAUCGUAUUUGAUGACAAUAUCGAAAUCGCAAAGCUUCAAGCUCUUCCCUAUUUGUCCGCAGUCAUUACUGAAGGGUUGCGGUAG